CUCUGCGCUAAGGCAAGAUGGAAGAACCCAGCAGCUGCGGGAGAACAAUGUUUUGGCUCUAGACAUUGAAACGGACAGCUGAGGGUGAACUACGCGAGCCAAAACAGCAGGUCAUGGUCCUGCACUGGAUGACACUGAUUGCCACCCCAUAGUUUUCUUGCCCGUCGGCAUCCACGAUGAACAUCAUUCAAGACAAACUAGGCAAUGAAUACCUGCGCUCCAACGGGAGCAUGGACUCCAAUUUCGGCCCUGGCAUGAUAAUGUUCAGCCACCUCCCCCCGGUGACCAGCUUCACCCGGCUGGCCGCCCACUCAGUCAUGCAGGACCUUCCACCGCAAGAAAUGAUCCUGAAGAAGGAGCGUGACUCGCCUGACUGCAGCAUGGGCACCCAGGGUGGGCGUAUGGGGUGUGUGGGAGACUAUGUUCACACCAUGGGUAUCAAGCAGGAGAAGCUGUCAGAGCACGAUUAUCGCCUGCCAGUUUACCCUGGAGGGCUCGGGAAGAGCACAGAGUUGCUGGAGGUUACAGUCAGUAACAACCAGAGCCUGCUGGUGCAUGAACUCAGCAUGGGAAACCUGCCGAGUCAGUUAGGAAAGGAGCCCACUGGGAGAAAAGGUCGAAGGUCAAAUGGUGAUGGGCAGGAGGGUAGACCAAAAAAGAAAAGAAGCGAGGCGAAGCAAUCAAUGAUGCUGGAUGCAGAUGGAGGCUGUCUGUCGCCGGGAACCAAGCCGCACAUCUGUGAGCACUGUGCUGCAUCCUUCAGAAGCUCCUAUCACCUACGCAGACACGUCCUCAUCCACACAGGUGAAAGACCCUUCAGAUGCAGUCAGUGCAACAUGAGCUUCAUUCAGAAAUACCUUCUCCAGCGACACGAGAAAAUCCACAGUGGAGAGAAGCCAUUCAGCUGUGACCAGUGUAACAUGCGUUUCAUUCAGAAGUACCACAUGGAGAGGCACAAGAGGACUCACAGCGGAGAAAAGCCCUACAGAUGUGAGACCUGCCAACAGUUUUUUUCUAGGACAGACCGACUGCUUAAGCACAAGCGAACCUGUGGAGAAGCCAUAAAGAAGGGGCUGGAUCCUGGGAUGAUGGACCUGGGUUGUGUAAACUUGGGACAUGGCAGCUAUGGAAGCACUCAGGUAAAUGUUGGAAAUACUGGGAGAAAGAGGGGAAAGUCCAAAAACUCUGGAGAGGGAGGGGAGCGCAAGAAGAAGAAGGGGGAUGCAGGAGGGAUGAGGGUACCGCACAUUCAUGGGGCUGUACCUGAAGUCUACAGCAUCCAUGAUUACUCGGUGGAGAAUCAAACGGUGUCUUCCUCUACUGAGCCAGGACCCAGCAUGCAGCAGGGCCACCACGGCCGAGCUCCAAAGAUGGCAUUCAAGAAGGCUAAUCGUAAGAGCCUGGAUAAAACUGGUCUGGGACAGGCCAAAGCAGGCUCGUUGGAGCAGAGUGAGGGCAUGGAUGGCCUUGGCCUCAUGCAUGGUAACGGGGCUAAAGUAGGGCCCACCAGCAGCAGCAGCAACUACGACGAUGCCAUGCAGUUCAUCAAGAAAAGACGCUACCUUCACGCAGCAAACAAUGCAAACUCCUCAGGGCCAGUGGUGGCUGGAGGAGCCAGCAGUGAGUAUGAUGUCGGCGUUGGUCACUUGUCUUCCCAGCAGUCUGUCAUUCAGGGUGUCGUUUCCAGUGUGAUGGACAGUGACGCGCCUCUGAGUCUCGACAAGUCGGGGAUCCCAGAUGAGGUGCUGCAGAGCCUCCUCGACCACUACACCCAGAAGUCUGACGGUUCGCACCACGACGUUCACUUUGACAUCAGUGACCAUCACGUGGAGCUGCACCCCAGCUCAGCAGACGGCACCGACAUGGGCCACAACACCGACACCUCCAGCCCUUCUGGAGAGAAGACUGUCUUGAUGCACGAAUACUCUCGCUUCUUGCUGCAGGCUUUGGAGCGCACCAGCCACAGUGCCAGCUUCCCUCUGGGCCCCGGGCCUCCCGCCUCGGGAGCGUUCACCAGUUCCCACCCGGGAAACCCCCUCUACGCUGACAAGAACAUGUACACUACGUCACCACUGGAGUGUGGGUUUGGCCAGUCAGUAUCUUCGCCUUCGCUGCCCUCCUCUGUGCCAAAGUCCCACUUUGCGAUGCUGACGGGCUCCUCACCACAGCACAGCUUCCACCUGAGCGGCCUGGAGGCUUCCACACACCAGCAGCUCACCCCUUCUCAGGAGCUCACCGAGCAGAUGGAGAAGCAGCACUCCUCCACUCCCCCUUCCUCCUACCAGAUUAGCCCAUCUGACCUGAGCAGCCAGAAGGACCAAAUGCCGGUCAAGAACGGCACGGUGGUCUAUCAUCUGCCCCCCUCGCAGGAUCUGGCCUCUCUGGACUCCAAGCCUUCCUACCAGAUAGAAAACUUUGCCCAGGCCUUUGGCUCCCAGUUCAAGUCAGACGGCCGUGGCUUGUCUUAUGGCACUGACUCUAGUGGGGAGGUGGAUCACAGGAUACGGACACCUGUGUCUGAAUUCUCAGGGUAUAGUAGUUUAUUAUCUGAUGUCAAUGAGCCAGUAAGUACAGGUUCCAAAACUACAACAAGCCAAAGCUACAGAUGAGAGCCUGAGAGGGAGAGAACACUCAGUAAAGUUGAUGUUCUUAUUUUAAUUUUUUAGUGCUCCUAUUUUAUUAUUAUUGUAAUUAUUAUUUUUUUUAAAGUGACAUCUUGCUUUUAAUUAUACUGAUGCUCUGUUUUUGUGCCCACUCCUCUCCCCACAGAAAGCCCACAAGGCUUCCUGCAAAUACAUUUUCUUUUUUUUUUUUUUUUUUAAGUAUCUGUUAUUUUUAAGUUAAUAUGUAUUUACUGUUCAUUCUUGUCAUAUUAGUGGCAUUAGGUCUGGUCAUGAAUCAUGAACUGAAAGUGCUUUUUGAAUAAGCAUAGAGUAGCACAGGACGGAUUUCUUUUACAAUGAGCUGAAGUGUUUGAGCAAUCAACUUUACAAUUGUAAAAUAAUAAUGAAAAUAACCAUGAUGGCAGGGAAUAGCCCAGAGUUUAAACAGCAAAAAAAAAAAAAAAAAAAAAAAAACUAAUUGUCUGUUACAAGGUUUAAAGUAUUACUCAGGAAAAAGUGAAAAAGGAAAAGCCUACGAGGUGCAGUGAGCGCUCUUUUCAGAAGUUUAAGUUUGCAACUUCUAAGAGGAUUUUCUUAUGUUUUAUUACUUGUUGAAUGAGUGACAUAAACAGACUGCUGCCAGCUCACUUGAGCACUGAAAACACUUUCUACUUGGCUAUAUAGAGAUUAUGGUACUUUUGUGUCAAUGUGAAACUCAUGUUUUCUUCAA